CAAUACUACAUUAGUAGGACCCCGCGCAUACCGGAAUGUUUGCCACGCAUUCCGACGAAGGAAAAAAAUAAUCAGAUAUGGUUUAAAAACUCAGUUUCAUUUCAUUCGUCUCUGACAUCGCAUACAAUCAUGAAUGAAAGUGAGUUGACAACAAUUGUGACCUACAAUGGUUCUAAGGUUGGAAGCCUUGAGGACUGGAAUAGCCAGAUAGCCUCCGAGCGUUUACUGAACACGGUCAUCCUGUGCUUCUACUUGAUCAUCGGAGUGUUAGGAAAUCUACUUGUUAUUCUUGUUUACAAAGCUCGCUCGCACAUGCAGACGGACAACCGCUACUUUAUUUUGUUUCUUGCUGAGCUGGACCUAGGUGCAGUGAUUGCAGGAGUAGCUUAUUCUCUGUUCCUCAAUUUUUAUUUUGUUCUCCCAAAAGAUGGAGCGGUGUGCAAGGUGUUUUCUUUUCUUCUACAGACAGGCGGAGUGACUUCAGGGAUUGUUCUGUUGUACAUCUCAAUCCAGCGAUACAAUCUGGUGUGUCGGCCGACAAGAAGACAAAUCACGGCACGGCACAGAAAAAUCAUGUUGGCGGUCAGCCUCGCCGUCGGAGCGGGCCUGUCUGCUCCUAUAUCGGCAUUUUACGACGUCAGCGAAGUAUAUAAUGCAGAAAGAAAUGUGACGGGAUUCGAGUGUAGCAUUGUAAAACCAACACCUCUUCACAGUGUCAUGUUUUCGAUUUAUAGUGGUGUCUUAUUUUUGGCGACGAUUGGCAUACUGAUCACUAUGACAGUUUUGUAUACUUUUAUUUUGAAAUCCAUGAAGAAAAGAAGUGCCACAUUCAAAGAACGCGAAAGCCGUCGAAAACAGCUACGAGAAAUGGCAGAUGCCAACACGGGGGACUUUUCCAGCGAGGAUCUGUUAAACAGUUCAUCACAAGGCCAAACAAGUUUCAAUGGACUAGAAGCAAGGAAUUCCCAAUUUGUCCUGGUCGAUUUGGUUAAAGAGAAGCAUCCACGAUCUUCUAUGAUUAUCGAUAAAGACGAUGGCGCAAAAUAUCGGGAUUCGAUCUGUAAGCGAGACUCUCGUAUCGAUAGUCCAUCAAAACAGCUCACGAAACGAGGACGGAAAGCUAGCUAUCAAGCUGUGAAGAACCAUUUUUCCACAAAUCGAUAUUCUUAUAUUUUUAUAUCGAUAUCAUUCUUUUUUGCGAUAUCGUACAUACCAACUGUGAUCGUCUCAGCAAUAGAAUCGCGAUCACGAUACUUUUGGAUUAACCAAUCAUACUCUGCACUGCAAAUUUUCCUGAUUUUGCGCCGGAUGUAUAUUUUUAACCACAUUGUUAACCCUAUAAUUUAUGGCUAUUUUGAUCGUUCUUUUCGAAGGGAAGUGAAGAAAAUACUACGUAAAAUGUUGUGCGGUCUGGUGAAAAUUGAAAAUAACAGUAUGUCUGACAAGACGAGUGGAAACCACUACUAACCCACUAAAUUAUGAUUGUAUUUGAUUUUGAAAUAUAAUGUUGAUCGUCUUUCGUGAGAAGAAAUUAUUGGUUUUAAUUUUCUGUUACUUAUAGAGUACGGGUACCUUAACCGAAUCUUUUCAUUUUUCAUCAAUGUUUGUACAGAAAUAGCUAUACAUGAUUUCUUCUGGGAACAAAAAAAAAUCUAUAACCGCUUGAAAUGAUCGUUUUCGAAUUAUGCUUAAAAUCUUUUCGAAUCUAAUUGAGACAAGGUUACAUGUAUGUGUAAUUUGAGGGCACUUUUAAGGAAAAUGUAAUAUCUUGCCCACUUAACAUUGUCACGGGAUUUUUUUUCCCUGGGAGUCAUUGAAAUAUUUUAUGCAAGUACAAACGCACUUUUGUUUUAUGACUCGAUGAAACGCGUGGAAUGAAUUAAUCAAAGUACUUACGUAAGUCAUGAUCAUAUUCAUGUCUGUGGUUGGCUGAAUCUAGUUUUCGGAUGUUUAUCCUAUAUUACAUGUCCUAGAAUAAAAAUGUUUUGAAAGUUUAGUGCUA